AUGAGCUCAACAACCAGAGUACCUCUCUUGACGCAGGCUAUCGAGGAAGGCGUGGUCGACUUAGUUGGCAUCAACGAGGUCAAAUUCCUCGAAUUCCGAAGGCCAGCUCCUAGAGAAAUCCUUUCCCUUGGUGCCCGCGGACUCAGUGCCUGUUCAAUCAUAGUUGUGGCCUCCGAUAAAGCCGCUAUUGUAGCGCACAUCGGACCAAACAUUCCGGAUUCGACACAGCAGGAUUCUUUCCUUAGGCUUGCUCAUAGCAAAAUGGAUGAAUUGGAGACCAAAUAUCGCGAGCGAGUACAUCUCUUUAGUAACAGCAGUCAGACAUACGUAAUCUACGCGACGUUCCAACGCGUACAGACAUCCCCGGAGCAAGUAGACAUUUUUCGGGAGAGACUGAAUACUUUCGGCCUACGCAUGAUCAAGGAAAGCUCUUACGAACGUUCGCCAGCCUCACUCAUGAACAAAAACCGGCCAGAAGGUACUGUGUGGGUUGUUCGACCAGAUCCAAACAGACCAACGGUUGUAUAUGUUGAGGAUAAGAUUGUGAGUCCUGCUAGUGCCGGUAAGAUUGCAGCAGUGGGGAGCAGUAGCUCACAGUCGAUGGCUGAAAGUCCUGCAGCAACCCUGGGCGCAGGGGCGGUCGAGUCAAGUCGGCAGGCCCAGCUUGCCAAUAUUCCCCUUCAACAAGCGAGAGCGAGGCGGGAUCAGCUGAUCUCGCAGGGACAAUCUCCCGCGCAAGCGAUCGCAGCGCUUCAGUCGACUUUAGCAAAGAUGCUGAAUAUUAGCGAAGCAGAAGCAUAUGCGGAAUUACGUGUUGACAACGUAGCUGGAUAUGGUAGAGGGACCGCCCCAGAAGCGGCCUCGGGAGAAGAGACUGGAAGGGGAGGUCGACGAGCUGAAAUCGACACUGUCCGCAUUCACCAAGCAAAAGCUCGGCGCGACCAGCUAGUUGCGCUUGGAAUGACCCGACAACAGGCCAUUGCGCAACUACAGAAGGUGCUUGCACAGAUGCUUGAUAUAUCCGAGGCGCAGGCAUCAGCUCUUCUCCAGUAG